AUGGGGGUGGGCUCGUUCCUCGAACCACUCGUCGUGGUGAGCCUCCUCUUCGGAGGCUCCUACUUCAACCGCAACAAGGACUACAGCAUCUCUACUGGCAAGUCCGGCUGGACUAGCAAGAAGAGCGAUGACCUCGGGCGCAAGCAGUCCAGUGACAGCCUCAUGAGCGGCUGGAGCAGCCCGUCACCAGGCCUGGUCGUCAACGAGCAGCCCGCGCUGCGUCGACGGAAGUUGCAGUUGUUUGGCUACAAGCGCAUCGUCACAACUCCCAACACACUCGUCUUCAAGGACCGCCUUGCCAGCCGCAUCCUCCAAAAGUUUCCCUUCCUCGUCGAGGCUUGGUACUGGUUCCAGAUCUACUGGGUUUACCAAGUCGGCCGCGCCAUCACCGCCCUUACCCUCGUCGAAGGCACCGUCAAUGUCGCCCGCAGGCACGCUCUUCAGCUCAUUCACAUUGAACAGAACCUCCUCAUCUUCUGGGAGGUCCCCUUCCAGCAGUGGUUCCUCGGCCACCCGACCAUUCUCCACUGGAUCAACCGCCUCUACUCAUUCAUUCACAUCCCUGGCACCAUCUCUUUCCUCGUCAUUCUCUACUACAUCACCACCACCCGCAAGCGCCAGCUCGCUGCCGGCCGCAUCCAGAUCGACAACAUCAUCGCGGGCCCCGCCCUGUACGAGGCCCGACGACGCACCAUGGCCACCUGCAACCUGAUCGCCUUCAUCGUCUUCACUCUGUGGCCCUGCAUGCCCCCUCGUUUGUUGAGCGACCCCAACUACGAAGGUCCCGAUGCUGCCGAGGCCAAGAGCUUCGGCUUCGUUGACACCGUCCACAGUGGCAGCGGUGAGAGCAGCGUUUGGACCACCAACAAGUUCUGCAACCAAUAUGCUGCCAUGCCCUCGCUGCACUUUGGAUACUCCCUGCUCGUCGGAUUGACCGUCGCCACCUUCCCCAUCAACGGCCUUCGCCCUAACUCCUGGAAGCGAAUUACCAUUGUCGCACUGGGUCUAGCAUAUCCCGCCCUCAUCCUGACUGCCAUCGUCGCCACCGCCAACCACUUUAUCCUUGAUGCUGUUGCGGGCGCCAUGGUAUGCGGGCUCGCGUGGCACGGAAACGGCAUCUUGCUCAACCUGUGCAUCUUCGAGGACUAUUUCCUGACAUUCCUCCGCAUCCAUAAGCCGGUCAAUUAUACCGACCCCGAGACGGCUGUUGAACCUGAGUUCCAGCAUGGACUCCUCAACGAGGACGUCUAA